AUGCGUGUGGGAAACAGCAUCUGGGCCUCUCUGGCCCUUGCGUUCGGCGCCGUCCCGGCGCUCGCCUGUGAGAGCUGCGAGCAUCCCGAGAGAGACGUCGUUCUGACCAGAAAUGUUCGUCGCGCGCAGCCCGACGCUCAGGCGGCCGCCGUUGCGCCUCGUGGUCCGCUCUCGUGGGGUCAAUUGAACUUUCUUCACACCACUGACACCCACGGAUGGCUCGAAGGACACAUCCGCGAGCAAAACUACGGCGCUGACUGGGGUGACUUUGUGAGCUUUGUCAAGCACAUGCGCAAGAAGGCCAAGGACCUGGAUGUUGACUUGCUGGUGGUCGACACGGGUGACUUGCACGAUGGCGCAGGAAUUAGCGAUGCCACUGGUGUCUCGACUUACGCCAACGGCACUGGGGUCAACGGCCAAUUGUCGAACCCGAUCUUUGAGAACAUUGACUACGAUGUCUUGGCCAUUGGCAACCACGAGCUCUACGUUUCCGCCAUUGCGUUCGAGACCUUCAGCCAGUUCGCCAAGGUCUACGGUGAUAGGUACUUGACGAGCAACGUCCAGAUCCGCAACCCCGGCACGGGAGCGCUCGAGACGAUCGGCAAGCAAUACAGAUACUUCACCACUCCCAAGGGCCUCAGAAUCAUGGCCUUUGGCGUCCUCUUCGACUUCACCGGCAACUCCAACGCCUCCGUCGUUACAAAGGCCGCCACAAUGGUCAAGCAGCAAUGGUUCCUUGAUGCUGUCGACUACACGGAACCCAUCGACCUCUUUCUCGUCAUCGGCCACAACCCCGUCCGCCCGACGCAGAGCAGCAGCACACUCAAGACCGUCUUUGACGCCAUCCGCGCCGUCAAGCCCGACACCCCCGUCCAAUUCUUCGGUGGUCACACCCACAUUCGCGACUUUGCCGUAUACGACGACAAGUCCACCGCCCUCGAGUCCGGCCGGUACUGCGAGACCGUCGGUUGGCUGUCGCUGAGCGGCGUAAAGUCGGACAGCUACAAGGGCGCCGUGUAUCCCAAGGGCGUGCCUCACCCGUCUCAGAAGGCCGUCAACGUGACUGCUGGACAGACGGCUGCUACUGGAAACUCUAGCAUCACGUACUCCCGCCGCUACCUGGACUGGAACACCCUCACCUUCGAGUACCACGCAGUCGGCAGCCAGCACAAAGCCUUCAACACCACAAAGGGCCUCGCCGUCUCCGCAAACAUCACGGCAACCCGCAAGAAGCUCAACCUCACCUCCCUCUACGGCUGCGCGCCCCAGACGUGGUGCAUCGCCUGCGCGCCCUACAUGUCCGCCGGCUCCAUCUACUCCCUGCUGACGACCGCCCUCUCCGCCACAAUCGUCACCGAAGCCCGCAAGGCCACCCCGCGCAUCAUCCUCGCCAACACGGGCCACAUCCGCUUCGACCUCGCCCAGGGCCCCUUCGACUACGACUCCUCCUUCAUCGUGUCCCCCUUCACCGACGGGUUCCAGUACAUUCCCGACGUCUCGUGGUCUCUGGCGCGUCAGGUCCUCGCGGGUCUCGAAUCCGGCGGGUUCCCCUCUAAGCGCAGACGUUCUCUCGCCUCAGACUCCUUUGGCUUCGGACAGGUCAACCCGGCUCUCUCGGCCGUCGAUAGCUGCAUCGACCCGCACGUGACGAAUGACCACUUCUCCAAGCGGUCCUACGCCGGCGGACGCAUCGUCAGACGCCAGGCCGUCACGCCGGGGUACACGACCACCGACGACUUUGGCACCGACGGAGACGAUACCGUGCACAGCAAGAUCCCGACGUACGACUACCCCGACUUCUUCCAGGCCAACGGCAGCUUCCCUACCAGCGGCGAGCUUGCCGACGACGACAAGAUUGAUCUCAUCUUUUUGGACUACGUUGCAGGAUCCGUCGUCUCGGUGCUGCGCUCUCUCGGGGGCAACUACACGUCUGCUGACGUCUCUUACUAUCUGCCUAGCACUUUCACGACCAACUCGUAUCUGCCCGCGUUCGCAAAGAGCAACGAGGCAUGGCAGGCAAAUGUGCCGAAUUGCCCCGUCGGAUUGGGCAUUGGCUACAACACCACCAGUUCUUGA